AUGGCUACCAAGUCUUACGAAUUCGAGACACAGGGGCGCCACAAGUCCGCCAAUGUGAUUCAAGUCGAAUUGAUGCACAUGGAUGUCGAUCGCAUUCAAGAGGUAUUCGAGACGCACUUUCUUCAACCAAAUGACAAAAUCCUUCUGUGGAAGGUGAUCAGUUGCAAGGAUAUAAAUAACACCAUCUCAGAUCUCAGAAUUCUUCUUGGGCUGAAUAAAGUUCCUCCCAUGACACCGACCGCAGAGAUACUCUUGCAGAAUCUCCGCCUCCAGGGCAGUGAGGAUGAAGAUGAUCCCAUCACAAAAUAUUUUAGGAGUUACAUGAAGUUUUUUGAGGCAGCAGAUUGGGAAGAUGAAGAAUCUGCAGCUGAAGCUCUUUCGGUGUAUAAUUUCGCAAAAGAUCUUUUUGAAACUUCAGAGCGCAAUCAUAUCAACAGAAUCAAAGAGCUUGAAGAUGGAAAUGCCCACAAAGAUGUCAUUGCGAAAGAGGUCCUUAUCACCUCAAAGCAGAUUGCAAAGGAGAAAAAAGGAGAACUAGUGCCGGGUCAAGGGGAGGAAGCAAAUCCCGGAUGCUUGUGUGAUGCAGGUGCUGGACACCGUGGAGCUCAACAAGCUACUUUUUGUUAUACUUCAUUUAAGCCUGUUUCAGUGGAUUUUUUCAACAACAUGUAA